AAUGAAAAAAAAGAUAUCAAAGGCUCCUUUCAGAAUUGAAGAAAAAGAAGAAGAUGAAAAUGAAGAAAACAAUCUAGACUUACUAUCAUGGAGAAAAGAGCGUAGACAAAUGCAAGAUAUGGCGAAAAUGGUUUUUAGGAAACAAUUAGAAACUAUGAUAGAGGAAAGUAAACAGCAGUUUAAAAUUGCGACAGCCAUUAAACUUGGUCAUAAAUUGAGAGAACUGCAGAUGACGCGCGAAUUGGAGACACAACAACAUUUUCAACAUUUACACAGGAUAGCAGAACAGGCUAGCCAGAGAUUACUAGAGACAACUGAAGCUAUGGAGGAUAAAAGAAGAAGUAAAAGAGAACAGCAAGAGAAUUUUCUCACAGAGAUGCGGAAGAGAAGAGAAGCAAUAGAAAAAGAAAAGUCAAGUGUUUGUACAAUGCAAUAG